UAUUUACGUCGUUCCUGCAGUAGACAGGUAGCGACAGGCUUGUAAAAUGCCGGAACCAGCUAAAUCCGCUCCUGCUCCGAAGAAGGGCUCCAAGAAAGCCGUCACCAAGACGCAGAAGAAGGGUGACAAGAAACGUAGAAAGACUAGGAAGGAGAGCUACUCGAUCUACGUGUACAAGGUGCUGAAGCAGGUGCACCCCGACACGGGCAUCUCGUCCAAGGCCAUGGGCAUCAUGAACUCCUUCGUCAACGACAUCUUCGAGCGCAUCGCCGGCGAGGCCUCGCGCCUGGCGCACUACAACAAGCGCUCCACCAUCACCUCGCGGGAGAUCCAGACGGCCGUGCGGCUCCUGCUGCCCGGCGAGCUGGCCAAGCACGCCGUCUCGGAGGGCACCAAGGCUGUCACCAAGUACACCAGCUCCAAGUAAAUCUCUGAAGGAUCGUCUAACCCAAAGGCUCUUUUAAGAGCCACCCACAUUUUCAGUAAAAGAGUCGUUCACACUGA